AUGCCGAUUUUGGGUUGGGCAAAAGCUUCAGAGUGCAAGAAAGUGAAGAAACUACUGAAACAAGCACGAUCCCGGCUCGACUGCAUGAAAAUUCAGCGAUCUGUUAUUUCUUUGCAAUUGCGCAAAGAUCUUGAGAAGCUAGACUUAGAGGAACUCAACAACAGGAUCAAACAAGAGCAGCACAUCAGAGAUGAUUCUGCGGCGUACGAUCUGCUCGAGCACUUCUGCAAGAUCAUCCUCAGACACUUCUUUUAUAUACGAACGCACAAGAAAUGUGGUCAGAGAACCCUAGCUGAAGCCGUUUCAAGUCUUGUCUUCGCUUCUUCAAGAUUGAGAUGUGGGGUGAUCCCUGAGCUUGAAAAGAUCAGGGACUUCUUCAAAGAGCGUUACGGGGAGGAUUUUGUCGAAACUGCUGUCAAUCUGUUGCCUGGGAAUCUUGUAAACCCUACAUUCAAAAAGAAUAUUCUCGCUCUAUUUCCAGACUCAGUGGUGCAAACUGAUAUAAUGAAAAAGGACGACGAGGAUGGCAAAAACCAGUUACAGCUUGUUACCUUCCAACCUCUAAAACAUGUCCACCCAAAAUUGCCUGAUUGGGAUGAUAUAGUUGCCGAGUUCAGUGCUCUCAAGAAGCCUAAGUAUGAGCAGUACCCUAAGUUGUCUGAAAAUUAUGAUAUUGCAGACAAGAUGAAUGAUUUCAAUGCUCCCGAGAAUGAGAGCACAGCUGAUAAUUACCAGUUCCAGUUAGAGGACCAUGCUUAUCAUGACAAUGUUGAUGAUGGAGCAAUAUUAGAAUAUCCAUGGUUGUCCAUAGGGAGCAUAAAUUUUGCAAUCCAGCAGGAGUGUUAUUAA